CUGAAAUAACGUGAAAAUAACAAAUAAAUUAAAUUAAAUAACUAAAAGUCGUACGGUCUUCAUGUACGCAUGACAUUGCAUGCGUCCCGAUCUCAUGCGCAGCCACUCAACAUUACCUGUAGAUAUACGUACGCGUACUUGAGUACACAGAAAAAUCUGUGUCACGCUGGGGUAGAAAAUGAGAGAGGUGGUUUGUAGGGUUGUUGCUAGUCGUAUAUUCUUAGUGACUUAGUGAUCUGUGAGUAUUAGACGGUUGCGCCAACUUUAGCGCGCCCAUCUCAAAGACAAAACAUUAUAUCUAAUUAUUCAUAUAAUUUUUUUAUAUUUUUAUCAUUAAAAAAAGGCUCAACCUAUUCGCCAGUUUUAUGUGGAAUUUUUGGCCGUAAAUGUAAAGCUGCGGGCGUUCCGAAAUAAUCGUUGUGUUUUUAAAUGGAAGGGACCAUUUUACCAAUUCGAACCAUCUAAAGUUGGUAUUACCAACUUGGUAAACAACUUGCAGGGAGCAACUAUAAUUUAAAAAAAAUGUUCAAUUUGUAUACAACUCUAAAUAAGAAAGACGAUGAGAACGGAAUACGUCGCCGUGAAUCAGACGUUACGGGACACGACAGAUUCUACCAAGAACGACCUCGAUCACGUCGCAAGAGACGGCCCUCCAACAGACGCACGAAAAGUGCCAUUGAACUCGAUACAAAUGCAAUGCUAACAGCGCAAGCGAAUCAUGCCCGACGUAAUCGAAGUGCCAGCAUUGAAGGAGGUGAGAGUAGUAGCAGCAGCAUAGAGGACAGAUUUCAAUUGACGAUGAAGAUUGAUAACCUUGCUAGGGUACUCUUCAACCGGGUUACAGCUGCCAAAGCAUAUCGAGACAACCAGACUAGAAAUGGUAGACCUAAUUAUGAGUCAUUGGACCAAGGCCCCUCCUUUCGCGAUGACCGUGGUGAAUAUUUAGAGAUGGAAAAGAAAUCCAGAGACUAUGCACUAUCUGUCUGCGAAGCUUACAUCCAGGGAAGUUCGCGGUAUAAUCUCAUCAAACAACUCUGCAAUGUUGGUUCUCGAGUGGACAAACACUGGUUUGCAGUUCGUGACACAACCUUGAAGACCGACAGGCUAUUGACAUUAGUGCCAUUGAAUCGAACAUGUCCACUUACUGUCUGCCCGUCCACUAGAGAUGUACUUAACAAGUUAUUUCUGGCUCUGCAACAUCCCUACGUGUGUCCAGUACUUGACCUAGAGUUCAUUGAGAUCGAGGGACAAAAUUAUGUGAUUCUAGUUCAACCCAUCAAUCAAGGGAGCAUGAAGGAUCUUAUUUAUGGGAUUGAAAGAAACUGCUGGAAUGCGGAUUGGAGCCACAAGUAUUCAUCCCGUGGAAAAGGUCUGACAUCACCCCAGAUUCUACAAAUGGGACGACAAGUUCUCGAAGCAUUAAUAUUCCUGAAGGACCGUGGUUUUCCAACCGUGACACACUUGCACUCUGGCAAUAUUGUUAUUCAAAAUGGUGUCGCACGUCUUGCUGGACUUGAAAAUUCACUUCUGGGAUUUACCAGUCGGAUUCAUCCAAUUGUCACAUCGCGACCUAUACCCGGAGUAGCUGUGGACAGCAUUUGCUUCGGUCAUAUGCUUUUCGAAAUGUGCACGGGUUACGAGCUGUGUGCCUUCAAACCGUCUCCAGUUCAGAUGGCAGAUCUUGAAAAAUACCCAAAGGUUGCUGAUUUGAUGGACCUCAUAUUCAAUCAAUCAGGAGGUCAUUAUCCCAGCGUCGAGGAGUUGCUGGUGCACGACCUAUUCCGUAACAUCGAUCUGCGCGAAAUGCGAAAUGCACCGGUAAACAUGCUUCAUCCGAUACUCUCACCAUCGAUUUCGGCACUCCUCGAAGCUGUAAAACGUCACAAUAGCAGUCGAAGAAUUCCCAGUAUGAUUCCCGAAGAAAUAAUAUCACUGCAGAGUCCACAAGUCCAGCCAACCAGCAACGAGCGAUUCAUCACCAAGAUGUAUAAUGAAAUAACGAGUACAACACUAUAAUUAAUCAAUUAAUCAGUGAAGUGAUGAAACUCAAUGAGCGAAUUUUUUUAUUUUCACCAAAUGUCAGACUCUCGACCACUACCCAUUCUAACUGUUGAAAUUAUUUUUGGAGAAUAUUUUCAUUAUAAAAAAGGUUUCAUAGAAUAUUUUUCCCGCGCCAUGCAUUUUCAAAGGGAUUAUUUGAAUGAAUAAAAAUUCAAAUAAAAAUUCUAUUUGUUAUAUUUUAUGAUCCUUCUGUCGAAUUGAUAACUAAAUUAGUUAAUUAUUUAUCCAUACCAUACGACAUAAAUUAAUAAUUUAUUUAUACUGGUAUUAAUAUGGUCGCUCUUGAAUAAAUUUAAUACGUGUAAAUUGAGGAUACUGCAAAACGAUGAAAGGAGCUGGAGAUUGUUGAGUGAUAAAUAAAUUAGUGCAAGGCUUGUGAAAAUCAUAAAAAAAUCUCAACAUUUUCUUCUUUAUUGGCUAGUCCGAUGAAAAGAGAGACAUGUAUCCGAAUAAAAUUUCAAUCUUGCUGUGAAUAUA